GAGCAGUUGUGUGAUUCCUUGGAAGCGUGCAUGGGGUUAAAGAGUUGCUUCACGGUGGAGAAGCGGGCCAACAGCCUGCUUGCUUACAUGAGGUUCCUUCACCAUGUCGUUGGGGUUCAGGUUCACUCGGUGAUCGCCAGCCGCCGGCUCGUGGGUUUGGCCGAGGUCCUGGGUUGCAAUGGAAACCCUGUGGUUCAGGCCUCGGAGCUCACGGUUGAGCAGGUGAGGCACCUGCAUCAUCUUCUGGAAGCCGACAGUACGGAUCCUCUUGAUCGGUAUUGCAUCGCUUACCUUUUGGUGGCAUUGUAUGCGAGGGCUAGACAUUCUGACCUUUGCUCGGUCUUCUCUUGCUCAUUGAAUUUUGAAGGGGCCCGAGGGUUCCUUGAGUUCAACUUGCGGGGUCACAAGUCGGCCAAGUCCCUUGCAUUGAAGAAUCAGUUGCUGCCUGUGCUAGUGCCUGCGACCUCUGUGGUGGGUCGGCCGUGGCUCUAUAGGGCUUGUAAAGCUUUCGAGGCUGUGGGGCAAAACAUCAGCAUGGUCCGGGGUGGCCCUCUCUUCAAGGCUGUCCUCAAUGUGCAAGACAUGAUCUUCGGCGCGAGAGAGGUUCGAUCGUCUGAGGUUACGGCUAUGCUUCGGAUGUUUCUCAAGCCUCUCUUGAAGCCAGGGCAGCGAGUGACCAGUCAUUCAUUGCGUGUGACUCUGUUGAGCUGGGCUGCAAAGUUUGGUGUCGGCAGAGAGGAGAGGGACAUUCUUGGUCGGCAUGCAAGUGCAGUGCAUGGUGCUGGCCCCCUCUACAGCAGAGACUUGGUCACCCCUGCAGCAAUCAAAUUGGCCAGUAUGUUGGAGCAGGUGUCAAGUGGUACCUUCAGGCCAGAUGCCCCGAGGAAAGUGCCAGAGGCCGAACGGGAAGCUAGGAUGUCGGAGCUUCGCCGCAGGAGCGCUCCGGGCAACUUGUGCACAUUGAACCAUCGAAGUGCACGAGUCGCAUUCAUGAGGCGCUUGAAGCUCUUCGUCGCCGCGGCAUUGCCAUGUAUGGCUCGGAUUACUGUCAGCCAAAUUGUUGCCGCUGACAAGCAAGUCUUCGUGCGGCUCAUCGAAGCUGGCAUCCGUCCGAAGCGUGGAGAUGACCAGUCAUUUCCCAUGGAUGCUGCACUCAUGGCUGCCCUUGAGUCGUAUGAGGUCAGCUUCUUGUUGCUGCAUGGUGCCGUAACUAAGCCCCCGAAGCGUCCCCCACCUCGGUUAACUCGUGGAGGCCAGAAGGAUGAUGAUCCCAAGAAGCCCCGAAAGGGGAAUGGCAAAGGCGGGCAAGAGACAGGUUCAGGGGGUUUUAGGGUCCCUAAGGCCAUCAUGGACUUAGGCGGUCAAGCCAUGACCCCUGAUGGGUCCGAGUGCUGCUAUGGUUAUAAUCUUGGCAAGUGCAAUGUAAAGGGUUGUAAGCGCAAACAUGUUUGCUGCAAGUGUUUCGGUUCGCACCCCAUCACGGAGUGCAAGGCCUGA